AUGGGCAUGAUGCCGCAACAGCAACCGCAACCACAGCUACCCCCACAGAACGGCUUGCUUGAACAGUAUGCCCUACCCAACACGGCGUUCUACAACUUUCAAACAGACUUCAUUGGAAACAUGUGGACGAACGCAUUUAACGAUUCCGCGGAAAUUGACUGGGCUAGCGCCAUCGAAAGCUGGGGGACUACCUAG